AUGGAGCCUGCCAGUGAGGCCGCCCUCAAGGGCCCUCCCUCGCGGGGAUGGAAGACAUGGACAUUCAAGAAGAAGCUCAUCAUCAUUGGAGGAAUCAUCGGGUUUAUCAUCGCCCUGGGCAUCGGUCUUGGAGUCGGACUGGGUGUUGGACUCGGCGGCGGAGGGGGAGGAGGAGAGGAAGAGGGAGGAGGCGGGGAGACGACGCCACCCAGUUCAGGCAAUUACACCUCAGCCAAAUGGCAGCCCGCCGUCGGCACCAGUUGGCAGAUCGAGUUGCUCUAUCCUCUGAAUGACACCUCCGUCGACGUGGAUGUCUACGACAUUGAUCUGUUCAACAACAACAAGUCUGUAAUCAACGAUCUGCAAAAAGCAGGCCGUAAAGUCAUUUGCUACUUCUCCGCCGGCAGCUACGAGAACUGGCGCCCGGACAAGGACAAAUUCAACUCGGAUGAUCUGGGUAAAAACCUGGACGGAUGGCCCGGCGAGAAAUGGAUCAACAUCAGCUCUCCUCGCAUUCGAAAGAUCAUGCUCACCCGCCUGGACCUGGCUCAGAACAAGAGCUGCGACGGGGUGGACCCGGAUAACGUCGACGGUUACGACAAUGAUAACGGGCUGGAUCUGACAGAGGCCGAUUCGAUCAGCUACAUGAACUGGAUGGCCAAUGAAGCGCAUGCGCGCAACAUGUCCAUCGGUCUGAAGAAUGCGGGUUCCAUCAUCUCGUCGGUUAUCAAGAAUAUGCAGUGGAGCGUCAACGAGCAAUGCUCGCAGUACGACGAGUGCGAUACCUACGCUGCCUUCACGGAGGCAGGGAAGCCAGUCUUCCACAUCGAAUACCCCAAGGGUGACGACACCAACAAUGACUUGUCAGUGACCUCGAGUCAGAAGUCCAAGGCGUGCAACUUCACCGACUCGGGCAACUUCUCCACGGUGAUCAAGAACAUGGACCUGGACAAUUGGAUCGAGAUGUGCUAG